AUGAAUAAGGUCGAAAAAACGCAAUCUAAUACUGCUCUUUCGAUAAAGAAGUCUGCGUUAUCAGGGCAGGAAGCUUAUGCAAUUGUCCGCAAUAUUCCGAAGGCAUAUCAUGCAAGACACUUGCGAUAUUUCUUCUCACAUUAUGUCGAAAAUGAACGAUUUCACUGUUUCCACUACCGGCAUCGACCCGAAAUACAUAUUGAUAGUAAUGCAGACAAACCGUCCACUUCCAAGGAGUAUAAACGUUUUUGCUGCGUUGUUUCAUUUAAAAACAAAGAGGAGCGAACUGCAUGUAUCAGGCAGUAUCAUUUGAAGUUCUGGAUUGAUGAGAAAGGACUUCAAAUGCCGCUAAAAUGUUUUAUUUUUCCUUUGAAAUCUUGCGAGAUAUCAGAUAGCAGCAGUCCGAUGUCAGCAAACUCGGAUUUUCGUUCCCUUAUCGAACUCAAACCACCAAGUCUUAUGCCUCUUGGAAACGUUGGCACUCCAACAAAAUUUUUCUAUGAACAGAUUCGCCUUUGCAAAUUACCGCCAACCGUUCUUAUAAAAUUGGGUAUCAAAGCUAAAAAGUGUGUAGGCAAGUACGGCGCGGUUUGUUUCAAAUACGAUGGAAAUAAAGAAGCUACUGUUGUAGAUUGUGAAGAGGAAACGGUUACAUCUUCGUCUCUGGAUCUAAAUUCAUGCACUUCGGAAGAUACCUUUGAUAAUAAAUUUGAACUGGUAAAUGACAGCAGAUCAGAGGAUGACGAUGACCGUUGUGAAGAGUGGGAACGUCACGAGGCUCUUCACGACGAUGUUACUGAGCAAGAACGUACUAAGCCGAGAAAGUAUGAGACAGAGCAAGAGGUGACAUGGGAGAAGGGAGGACCAGGCCUUGUUUGGUACACGGAUUCGUUUUUUUGGAAUGAAUUAGAAGAAGGGACAGAUAGCGAUUGGAAAUGGGUUGAUGAUUGGGAUGUUGAUUAUUCUAUUUAUUAUGAUCAAAAAGAUGGUGAUUUGGAUGCCAGGCAGUCAGUAGAAAUGAUGGAGGAUCAAAAGUUGAGAUCUGGUGAAGUUGUCCGUUCAGUUUUCAAAAAAAAGUUGAUGAAAAGACAUUACGAAAGCAUUGAGAGGCCUUCAUCUGCUAUCGGCUUCGGUCAAUUUGAAGUUCAUACAAGGGGAAUCGGCAGUAAAAUCAUGAAAAGCUGCGGUUGGUGUCCUGGUUUGGGUCUUGGUCCACAUAAUUUGGGACGUCUCGAAACUGUUUCAGUGGAGAUGGAAGAAAUCGGCGGUGCUCAAACUAGCAAUGAAAGGAAAGGUUUAGGAUAUCGAGGUGAAAAACUUCGACGAACCGGUUUUUUUAAACCAAAGAACCACACAAUCGCUACAAAAUAUGAUGAGAGAGAUUUGGUGGAUAGUAGCAACACAACGAGUAAAGUUCUUAGAAGAGAAGAACCAGAUUUAAUGAAAUACCGCUGA